UUUCAUUCCAGUAAGUCUUAUGAAGCUCUCUUUCUCUGGUAUAAUCCCCAUGCAUUUUCAGAUGUUUUAGGAAACAUUUUAGACUUUAAAUAGACAUGAAAGUGGACAAAAGUUAUUAUUUAUGGAUUUUAUGAGACAAUAUGUGCUGGAAAUAAAGUGCUAACAAGAAUACCUAAUAACCACCAAAAACACCAACACAAUGGACAAGCGACAGAAGUCAGCUCUAAGAAGCACAUACAGGCAGUUGGCAGAUGAACUUAUAUUGGAUGAAGACUUUUAUGCGGCUUUGAAGCAGAACAAAAUCUUCACUGACAGUAUGAUUGGAAUAAUAAAGGCGGAGAUCACUCCAAGAGACAGAGUGUAUAUGUUGCUGGAGUUGCUAGAAAAACGUGGACCCAAAGCGUUUGACAAAUUUGUCCAGAUCUUGAUGGAGAAUUAUGAUUGGCUGGCAGAAAAACUACAGGAGGAGUUUAAUCAAAGGAGACAGACAAGUUUAGUACAAGCUAAUCAUGGUUUGAAUGUACGGAGAUUUCCCUAUGACCAUCAGCAGAGCCUCCCCUGUCUGGAGCUGCCACUUAGUGGGACAAAUCAUGACCACUACAGAUUUGCCUCCCAGUCUAAUACACCUAGGUUUUAUGGCAUGUCUCAACCCAUGCUCCAGUAUCCAGCUCCUGCAUCCUACAUUGAGAAUGGGCAGAAGUUUUUCACCUAUCCAAUGCCCACUGAUACCUACAAUAUCUACCAAGGAUACGACAGCACAGACCAUCCUGGCCAACCCAAAAACAGCUUUGCCCACAAUGGACAGAACAUGGUGCAUGAAAGAAAUGGAGAUGGGAACAAUAGCACUGAAGGCCAGCACCAAAGAAAAGAUGUCAAACCCAGUGAAUAUGCAGUAUUAGUCAAGCACCCUAAACAGAAAUGUAAAGAUGCCUGCAUAAGUCCAAUAGGUGUGAUAGAGAGUCCGAGAAAAGAUGUUUCUAAAGGGGAAAGACCAUCUUCUGGAGCCAAUAACAAAACCCCUGACUAUAAGGAUGAAAGUGCAGGUGGGGGAGAUGAAAUCUCAGAUCACGGCUUUGAUGAAAUCAGAAGCCAGUCCACUGCAAUGCAAGAUCUUUCCAAUGAUGCAAAUUCAGAAAUCAAUGAUGUUCUUGAUGGUCCAGAGAACAUAAGUAUUGCACUUGAGACAGCAAGAAGCCAGGAGCCAAUGCCAAUAAACUUAGAGGCAGUGGAUGACAAUUCAGGUUUUGAUGAUGAAGUCGACACCUUUCCAAGCAGUGAGGUUUUUUAUGGUUGUGUCAGACGAGGAAGCUCAUGCAUGUCAAAUUUGCCAGUGGGCAUUUUGCUAAAAGUUGCUGACAUGCAAGAUCAAAGAAACAAGACACAGAUAUGCGCGGAUGAUGAAACAGAAUUUGACUAUGAAGUAACAAGAAGUGAUAGCUCAAUUGGGGAAAAUGCUGAACAGUUUGAAAGAAUGAAAAGCGUUUACUAUAAAUUGGUUUCUGCAAACACAGGUUCUGAUGACAUUGAAGAAGAUGGAGAAAAUAUUGUUAGUUGGGAAAUUAUUGAUGAUGAGCUAGAUAAACUUAUUAAUGCACAAAGGAAUUCUGAUGACAACAAACUUUUGAAGGCAUGCCUGGAAAAGUUCCCUGAAAAAGAAAGGAGACAGCCAUUGAGCAUUUGCAUUGAAAAUCUUUUUGAGGAAAAGAGACAUCUCCAAGAAAGAUUCAAUGAAAAAAGCAAGGAAAUUGACAGAAUGGUUUAUGACAUGUGGAACCAUCAACAAGAUAUGAAAAAUAUAGAAAAACUGAAAAAACAACGAGAUGAACUUUUAGCAGAGAAUGGAAGACUGAAAGAUUCCAUACAAAACACUGAAGUCUCACUCAAUGAGCAAAGGUUAAUAGCAGCACAAAUGGAGUUAAAAGUACAAAGUCUGGAACAAAAACACAGAGAGGAAAAAGAGAAAAGGGGGCAAACUUCCAACAGGCGUGGACUGAAUCUCCAUGGAAACCGACAACAACUCAAUUGUUAUGGUCAAGGUCAGUCACCAAAGAGGACACAACCUGAGCCCAAACUGCAGCAUGCAUUGAGUAGUCCUACCCUGGCACUCAGGAACAUACCGGGGACCUCAGUAAGACGAACAUUGAAUACCAAACGCUGAGAAAUAAUGUGAUAUAUGUAGAUAUACUUAACCUUCAUGGGACUUCACUACAGAAAGCUUUGAAUACCAAAUGCCGAGAGAGAGUGUGAUACGUAACCUUAAUCUUCCAAGGACUUCAAUAGACAAACAUUGAAUACAAAAUGAUAUAAUAAUCCAAUACAAUAGAGAUACACUUUUUCUUCAUGGGAGGGACUUAGCUAUAUAAAACAUGGAAAACCCUAAUACCUGGGACGUCAGUAAGUCAAACAUCCAAAACCAAACGCAGGGUCAAUUUGAUACAUGUAGAUAUACUUUUCUUGAUGGAAAUUCACUAGACAAAACAUUGAAUACCAAAUGAUGAGAGAAUCUGAUAUAUAUAUAUAUAUAUAGACACAGUUAACCUCCAUGAUACUUUACUAGACUAAACAUUGAAAACCAAACGCUGAGAGAAUCUGAUACACAUGGAUACACAUUUCUUUAUGGGACUAACAUAUACAAAACAUUGAAUGCCAAAUGCAGCGAUAGAGAAGUGAUACUUAUAGAACUUAUACUUACCUUUCCUGAAACCUUAAAAUAAAAUACGAAAGGCAAAAAACGGUACAUGUAGAUACAGUUCUUUCAUUUACAAGAAAAAACAUUUAAUACCAGUGAAAUACUGAGAGAAUCUGAUCCAUGUCGAUACAAUUUCCUUAAUGGGACCUCAUUAGACAAACAUUGAAUACAAACUACUGAGAGAUGAUGUGAUACUUCACUUUACCUUCCCGGGACUUCAAUUAUAGACAAACAUUGAAUACCUGAUGGUGAGAGAGAAUGCAACAUGUACACUUAUUAUAAAUCUACCUGAAAAUGCCUUUGAAAACAUUAAAACCCAAAAGUUCAGAGAAUGUUUUAGAUGAACAUUCAACAUUCAAUAUCAAGAGAAAAUAUGAUACAUGCAAUUAAUCUUCCUUGGACUUCACUAGAGGAACAUUGAAUACCAAGUACAAGAAAUGCACUACAUUGACAUUGAAAAGCAAGCAUUGAGAGAUAACAUUUCUUGGGACUCUACUAGAUGAGCAUAAAAUACUAAUUAUGGAGAGAAUAGGGUACAUACACUUAACUUUCUUGGAACUUGGAAUACAAACCAUGAGCGAAUGUGAUUCAUACACUUUACCUUAUUGAAAAUGCACAAGAUGAAGAAUGAAUACCAUGCACUGAGAGAGAAUGUGAUUCAUACACUUAACCUUAUUGGAAAUGCACUAGAUGAAGAAUAAAUAUCAUGCACUGAGAGGUAAUGUGAUUCAGACACUUUGCCUUAUUGGAAAUGUACUAGAUUAAGAAUGAAUAUCAUGCACGGAGAGGUAAUGUGUCUGAAUUGAAAAUGCACUAGAUGAAGAAUGAAUACCAUGCACUGAGAGAGAAUGUGAUCCAUACAUUAAAUUUUUCUGAUAUGCACCAGACACAAUAGACAUACAAAACGCUAAGAGAAUGUGAUAUAUAACACUUAACCUUCAAUUGGACUGCAGUACAUAUACAUUGAAUACCAAAAUCAGAGAGAGAAAUGUACAUGCAUUACUCAUUUUCUGACUGAACAACAUGUACAUUGAAUACCAAAACAUAAAAGGAGAUACAUGUACAUACUUCUUUUGACCGCACUAGAUGAACAUUUAAAACCAAAUAGGGAGGAAGAUAUACAUGUACAUACUUCUUCAGACUGCACUAGAUGAACGUUGAAUACCAAACACGGAGAGAGAGAUAAAUGUAGAUACUUCUUUUGACAGCACUAGAUAAACAUUCAAUAGCAAACGCAGGGAGAAAGAAACAUUUAAAUACCCUUAAAAUUCUUUGGACUUCACUAGAUGAAUACCAAACACGGAGAGAGAGAUAAAUGUACAUACUUCUUCGGACUUCACUAAAUGAAUACCAAACACGGAAAGAGGGGGAUAAAUGUACAUACUUCUUUGGGCUGCACUAGAUGAAAACUCAAUAGCAAACGCAGAGUGAAAAAAAAAUUUGAAUACACUAAAAAUCCUUUCAUUUGUACAAGAUGAACAUUGAAGAGCAAAAGCGGAGAGAAAGACACAUGUAAAUACCAUAAACAUCCUUUGGACUGGAUAAGAUGAAAAUUGAAUGCAAAAGGCCGAGAGAGAGGGUGAAAUAUAAAAUCUAAAUGGACCUUAAAUCUCUGGAACUGUAGCUAGACAACCAUUUAAUACCAAGGACAAAGUGAGAUAAUUCAAAUGAUCACAAUUGGGAACAUUUAACAUUGAUGAGACUGAAGAUAGGACAUAAGUUACCAAGUGCUACUAAUAAGACUGACAUAUAUAACAUUUAAAUACCUUUGUACAUAGAUACAUACUAAAUAUAGUGCUUAUAUCUCACAGAUAUCGUGGCCUGAAAGAGCUCAACAUAAACAUUGUUCAUUUUUCAAGAAAUACUGCUUUUUACAUGAAUUGCAUGUUUUUAUUUAAAAUUUACUUUGUGUAAUAUAUAUUUGCACUUCCUUGUGCUAACAUAUAUUAUUAUAAAGUGCUCAAACAUAAUGUUUAUAAAAAGAGCCCAUAUUUAUUAUCCCCACGCUCCGAUUGGAGCGGGGGGAUUAUGUGAUUAUCUCCGCCGUCAGUGUCCGUCCAUCCGUCCUGGCCACUAUCUCCUCCUACACUAUAAGCACUAGAACCUUGACCCUUCAACACAUGGUAGCUAUGAGCAUAUGCGCGACAGUGCACUAUUUGGAAUUUUGAUCUGACCCCUGGGUCAAAAGUUGCAGCGUGGGGAUACGCGUCGGCCACGGCCGCGCCAUUUCUAUAAUGCAUCAUAUUUUCAGUAGACUGAUACACAUAGAUGAAACAUUUUGUACAUAGUUUCAGCCAUAAUUCAUUUAAGCAGUGUUUUGUUGUUUUGCUUUACACAUAGUUGUUUCAUAUUCAUGUUAACAGGUUAUGUGUUUGAAAUUAAAAAAUCUUCAAAAAAUAA